GCCCAGGAGAAAAUCACGGGCGUCGUGCCUCGCCGCAGCGAUUGCAGAUUUUUGAUGUCAGAUUGGAAGGAGUGAGAGACACUGGGGUCUAACAUACCGAGCCCGGUGGAAAAGAGGAGUGGAAACCCGGAGUGUGUAAGAGGAGAAGAGGCGUGUGUGACUCCGACUUAAUCCUUUCUUUCCAACUUGAGUCUUACAAGCCUGUCUGCAGAUGCAACCUGUCUGUCAUCCCAUCCGUCCCAGUAAUCCCUGUUUAUUGCAGCGUUUCCUCCAAAGGGGACUACAAUGACACCCUGGUGAACACGCUCAGGAUGGAGUAAUCAUACAAACGCGCAGCGCAGGAUGCGCAUCUCCAACCCGACGACGGAGAAGAAGAAGGUAGAGAAACCUGGCUGUUAUUCUGCUUUCGCAUGUCAGAGAUUUUCCGCGGCGCUGUGGAUUGAUCGUUUCCGUCAUCAGCCUUCUGCUGCCGGUGUCGGUGUAUAAUGGAGAGCUCCAAUGGCUCUGGCAGCGACACCAAACCGCAGAACCACCAGUUGGAAAAGAAGCGACUGAACCGAGCGCCUUCACCGGCCAGACCUUUCCUGAAAGACGUGCACACCCGCGGCGCCAAACCACCUGCCAUCGUACCUAAAUCCCCCAAACUAAGCAAGCAGCAGCAGUCUGCCACAGUGCCCUUAGCCCACCUGAACCGCAGCUCCAGACGCACCCCAGCUGGAGCCAAGGAGAAAGCAGCCACGGCAAAAAGUAACACCAAGUCUGCCGUCGCGAAAAAGCCCACCAAGGUGCCACAGCAUGCCGCAGCUGAGCCCAAACCCGGCAGCAUCAAGCUGGACUGCACCAGCAGUCCGAUCCUCGCCAAAGGCAAGAAGGGAAAACUAGCCUCCGGUUCCCUGGGCCCUCUCAGCCAUGGAUCCCCGAUCCGGGUACCGACCGGAGCGCCUCUCGGCCGAGUCAGCCAGACCGACAGCAGCUCAGACCUGUCAGACUGCCCGUCCGAGCCGCUGUCGGAUGAGCAGAGGCUGGCACCAGCCGCUAGUAGCGACGCCGAGUCUGGUACCGGCUCCAGUGACCGGGAUCAGCUGGGAGCAGAAGCUACCGGAUCCACAGCUGCUGCCCCGCCGCGCACAACCGAGGCUUCCGCCGCCAAGGGAAGCAAGUCUCAGGCUCAGCUCGCUCCGGGCUCGCACGGAGAGAAACACAAGCAGGAGAAACCCUCCGCAAGCGCACAAUCCAAACUGCCAAGCACCAAGCAAGCAACCGAGGAGGACAUGCAACGGGAAAUUGAGGACUUGAGAUCGGAAAACGACUACCUCAAGGAUGAAGUGGACGAGCUGCGGGCUGAGAUGGAGGAGGUGCGCGACAGCUAUCUGGAGGAGGAGGUCUACCAGGUACAGGAGCUGCGGAGGGAACUGGACCGCUCUAAUAAAAACUGCCGAAUCCUGCAAUACCGCCUGCGAAAGGCAGAGCAGAAGAGCCUACGGGUUGCUCAGACCGGACACGUGGACGGAGAGCUGCUGCGCAGUCUGGAGCAGGAUCUGAAGGUGGCCAAAGAUGUAUCGGUACGUUUGCACAACGAGCUGGAGAUCGUGGAGGACAAACGCAGCAGAGCUGAGGACGAGAACGAGCUGCUCAGACAAAAGAUCAUCGAGGUGGAGAUCGCCAAACAGGCACUGGCCAACGAGCUGGAGAGGACCAAAGAGACUGCACUGAGGCGACGAGGUAGCAGGGAAACAUUUAAAGACAAGAAAUCCACAAGUCAGGAGGACAGUGCGGACCUCAGGUGCCAGCUGCAGUUUGCCAAAGAGGAGUCCAGCCUCAUGAGGAAAAAGAUGGCCAAGCUCGGCCGUGAAAAGGAUGAACUUGAGCAGGAGCUGCAGAAGUACAAAUCAGUUUACGGGGACGUGGACAGUCCCCUUCCCCUCGCGGAGUGCUCUGGCGGUGGCCCUCACACCACUCGAGAAGCCGAGCUACGAUUGCGUCUCAAGCUGGUGGAGGAGGAGGCUAACAUUCUGGGCAGAAAGAUUGUGGAGCUGGAGGUGGAGAACCGCAGCUUAAGAGCGGAGAAUGAAGACAUUCGCUGUCAGUAUGAAAGAGACUGCUUUGGGCGUGAGCCUUUCUCCAGCAUGCCCUCGUCUCCAUAUGGCGGCGAUGCGCUGGAGUCGGCCACUGAGCUUCGUCGCCAUCUCCAGUUUGUCGAGGAGGAGGCUGAGCUGUUGCGCCGCUCCAUCUCAGAGAUUGAGGACCACAAUAGGCAGCUUACGUCUGAACUCAAUCGCUUCAAAUUUGGACCAAGCAGCACCUCUGGGGCCGUUGGUGAAGAAGGCAGUGAGGGGGUACUGUUUAAACCCGGGAACGGGGGCACGGGUAAUGGCUCCAGUAGUGGGAUGUUGAUGGAGGAGCUUAAAUCAGCCAGGAUGCAGAUCAACGAGCUGAGCGGAAAGGUGAUGAAGCUGCAAUAUGAGAACCGUGUCCUCAUGUCUAAUGUCCAGCGCUGUGACCUGGCUGCACACUUGGGCCUGCGAACCGGCAGCCCUCGAGACAGCGAUGCGGAGAGUGAUGCGGGGCGGCGAGAAGCUGCAGAGGAUGAGGAAGCAGGGCGACUUCUCCUCCUCCAACCGAAGAGAGAAGGACCUAUUGGAGGUGAGAGUGACUCUGAAGAUCUGUUUGAGAAAACAGCGACCACCUCGGGGUUUGGAAGCAUCAAACCAUCAGAUGGCAGCGAGCUCAGUGCCACUGAACUGGCCAAUCGUAGAAGGGAAGAGCGGGAGUCAUUUGCUAAUGUGAAGCGAGAGGCAGAUAGGCUCGGGAAGACAGUGGACCGUUUGAUCACGGACACUGACAGCCUGAUCUUUGAGGGCAGGCUCCUGGUGACGACAGGAGAGAGCCUCGAAGGCGGGGCAGCCUCUGGAUCCAAACCAGACACUCAAGUCCUGGACACCAUUAACACCCGCAUGAAGGCUUUCCGCACUGAGCUGCACAUCUUUAUGGAGAAGCUGGACCACAUAGGGGAGGGGCUGAGAGAAAGGACAGAUGAUCUGUCACCCAUGCCAAACCUCACAGAGUCCAGCAGCUUCCUGUCCACCGUCACCUCCAUGUCUCGUGACUCUCCCAUUGGCACGUUUGGCAGAGACCUGGUGACCGACUUCCAGCUCCGGGACACGCCUGCUUCUGACAUCCAGUUUCGUCUGGAUCACGAGCGAAGGAUGAGGGCGGCAACGGAGGAACGGGAGGCCGUCGCUUCUCUGCCUCAGCAGGAUGAUGAGCGUUUACGUCUGGAGGCCCAGCGUGAGGGUCUGGAGCUGCAGGGCCUUCAGACUCACGAGGUGCCCUGGGCUCAGGAGAGAGCCAUGCUGCAACAAGAGGUCCGCCUCUAUAGACGUAACAUCAUCAUCAUCUACAUGAAGCUCAGGUGGAUCCUUAUGCACUGGAGGCUCGGACGCAAGGAAGACUCUGGAGACGACUCGGUGCACCCAGAGUUUGAGAAGUUGGAGGGCUUCCCAGAGUUGGGAGUGAUCAUGGAGCAGGCGGAGGGGGAGUCGGACCGAGACGACAGACUGUGUUUACCACAGACUCCAGGGGACGUCCCCGACACCACACCCAUCAUCCCUCUGCCGUCACCUGACCGUCACCUGCAGCACCAAAGACAGUUCGGCGAGACACGUCGAGUGCUGCAGGUCUUGCGGACGCUGCUGGAGGAGUUUCGAGAGGAGCUGCGGGAGGAGGAGGCGCGGCGAUGCCAACUGCAGCAAUCCUACGCCAAUGACAAAGCCGCCUGGGAGGUCAAGUGGGCAGAGAUGAAGUGCCAUGUCGCCCAGCUGGAGGAGGAGGAGCAUGGUAAGGUGCGAGGUGAAGCGCAGGGAGGCGAAGGGGAGCCAGCUGCAGACACCGAGUGGGCCCUGAAGCUGGAGCGCGAGGAGCAUCGUCGUCUGCUCGCCGAGAGCCACAACACGUCGCUGGACCUGCGCUGGAAGCUGCAGCACGGAGAGAAGAGGUGGAACCGGGAGAGGGUCGAUCUCCUGGAGCACUUCGAGAGGGAGCGGCAGGAGUGGGACAGCAGUAUGCGGGAGCUCCACCGGAAGAUGGAGAGGAUGCAGAGGGAACUUAACUCUCGGCGAGGUGAGGGCUCUGACGUUAAAGAUGGCAGCACAUCCUACAGAGGCAUGUUUUCACCUCAGGACAGUCCCUGCCAGGCUCCCCGGUCGCCUCACACCCCCCGCUCCCCCUGUACGGCUACACCUGUCCUGAUGCCCCCCACACGUUCCCACUCUGACUCCGAGGCCAUUCUGGAGGGGCAGGGGGCCGCGAUGGGGCUCAAAGGCUCAGCAGACAACUUGUUCCUGGACGCACUGUCUCUGGACCCCAUGAGUGGACCGGAGGUCCCUCCACCCUCCAGACUGGAGAGUGAGAAGAGGUUUCCCUGUAUGAAGGAGGCCCUAAAUGAGAUUUCGGAGAGAGAAGAUGAUGCUGCUUACUCAGAAGACAAGAUGAGGGAGGGUGGGAGUCUGCUCAGAGCCAAGUCGGUGUGCUCCAUGAGCGACUUCCAGCGGUUAAUGGACAGCUCACCGUUCCUCCCUGACAAGACGCGUCAUGGCGAUCAGGGCCAAGACGACGUCACCCCGCCUCUGUCUCCAGAUGAUCUCAAGUACAUCGAGGAGUUCAACAAUAAGGGCUGGGACUUCCCGUCAGCCACCUCUGGUCCGGGACUGUUGCGGGAAGUGUGGACAGACAAAUCAACAGAGGCCCGGGAAGGAGAGGCCGUUCCUGGUCCAUUCCAACCCACUUCCUGGUUCCUCACCACCAGCGCCACCCUGACCACCAACACCCUGAGCAGCCCUGAGCACUGCCACAAGUCCCCGCUGAGAGGCAACGGAGCAGCGGCAGCAGGGGUGGGAGUAGAGCACUACGGGGUGCACAUCCUCCACAGCCCCACCAGACCCGGGGCAGCUGAGCACACCACUGCCCAGGAUCCCGAUUUCCUGUAUGCAAAGGGGACCAAAGCAAGGGGAGGAGUGGAGGCUGGGGUGGGCGCCAGUGGGCCGGAUGAAGUGUUCAGCGGUGCAAGGUGGCCUUGCCUUCUGGAGGGUGGAGGACUAAGGACUUCUCCUAGUCAGUCUCCUAUCUGCCCCACAGUGGGCUAUGCAUCCUCUCUGGAUCUUCAGCUCUCCAGAAACAUGAGUGACGACAUGAAGGAGGUGGCCAUCUCUGUGAGGAACGCCAUCCGCUCUCCACCGGGGCCUGUUGUCCGGGACACCGCCUGCCAGACCAACGGAUUCACCACAAGAGGGACUCAGACCACCCAAACCAUCAGCGUGGGUCUGCAGACAGACCUGCUGAGGAACCUGACCAGCAGCCCCCACCGCUGCCUCACCCCGAAAGGUGGCAACACACCCAUCUCGUCCCCAUCACGCAACACAAGGAAAGUUCAGUACUCUCCUGUGGUCCAGAGCAAGUUCGAGCGACCCUGCUGCUCCCCAAAGUACGGCUCACCGAAACUUCAGCGCAAACCAUCCACGUCCAGUAAAACCGAGCUACCCAAUAACAGCCGCGCCCCCAUGCCCACAACGCCCCAGAAAGGGAACAACGAGUCGGCAUGGGCCCGCUCCACCACCACUCGCGACAGCCCUGUGCACACUACCAUCAACGACGGGCUGUCCAGCCUCUUCAACAUAAUCGACCACACCCCUGUGGUCUAUGACACCAUUCAGAAAUUUAAUAAGUCCCCAAGUCGCUCCCGCCCCACGCCACCCUCCACCACUGAACCGAGCCCCGCUCACGGGCCUCUGUCUGCAGACCCCAGGAACGCGCAGGAAUGUCUGCGGCCUGCUCGCGGGCGCUCACCAAGCCCUGUGCAGCUAAUAGUGGAGACGCAGGGCGACAAGAACCCAGAGGUGGUGAGCAUUCGGCAGGACCUAUCGGCCCCGCCGGGCUACACGCUGGCUGAAAACGCAGCCCGCAUCCUCAACAAGAAGCUGCAGGAGCAGAACUUUAGGGAGGAGAGGAGGCUGCAGACGGGAGGACCGAGCAGCCACGGCAGAGACAACAGCAGGCAGACCGAGUCAGACAGAGGACAGUCUGGAUGCAUGGAGGACCUGCCUCGCUCUCCGGUGGCUCCGCCUCUGGAUUCCUGCUUCCUGAGACCGGCGCGCCCGGCCAACCGCCGACCUCCCUCGCGCUGGGCCGCACGCUCCCCCUCCUCCUCCCCAAAGUGGAGCGAGGGCUCGAAGAGGAGGUUCACCUUCCCGCCGCCGGGACACCGGAAGACCAUCCUGGAGGGUGAGGAGCCGCCGUAAAGCCGUCCUCUACCUCCUCCUCCACCUCUGCCUAAACAGACCCAGUACCUCAGAAACCCUCCCCCAAACAUAUGGACUCCCUCUAGAGGAGCCUGAGAGAGGGGUUGGGAUCUAACCAGUAGCACCAGCUGACCAUCAAGGAACCAGAACCUUUUUUUUUUUUUUUUUAAGAGGAACCUGGAAUGUACUGUAUUUAAAGACGACACAUACAGAAAAAUAAGUUUCCAUAAGAGGUGCCUGUAUACUUGAGUUAACCAUCACCCACGUACGUGUGUGUGUCUGAACCUAUUUUUCAGGUAAAUACUCCUCCUGUGUUUACAUUUUACUUUUUCUUCAUCGCUGUCCCAUAAACAUUCAUGCAGACCUUUUUUUAAAUCCUUUUUUUAUUUCUUUUUGUUUUGCCAGCCUUUAAAGCUUCACUUUACUUUUCUGUUUACCUUCAAGGAGAGGAAAGACAACAAAAACAAGGAAGCAAACAAACAAAAAAACAACUUCUGCUUCACCGGGUCUGAAGCGGAGACACAUGAUGUCAUUUCUGAUGCUCGUGUCCGUCUUUAUUUUUACGUUGAGAUGAAUGUUUGACUCUGUAGACAUGUAGAAGAUGGGUGACAACAAACGUAAUAACCUUAUGCAUAUUUGGAAGGCAGUUGUAUAAAUAUGGGUCAAAUAUUUGCAUGCCUUUUGAAUACUAGCACUUUAGUGCAUGUACAUAAAGAGCUAUAGUCAUUUGUGAGUGCUCAGCUCAGCUGUUUGGGGGAGGGGACUGUUUUGUUGUCACAUGAUUUGCAUUGAUGAAAAUAAGAUGUUUUUAAGUAAAUUAUUGUACCUAUCAGGCUGGCUUUGUACAGUUGUUACUAUUGGAUAUGAAAAACCUUUUCUUUUGACAGGAAAAAGGGAUUGUGGAAAACAUGAAUGUUUUAAAUGAAAAGUCUAUGUCAAAAAAAGUCUUAACGAGCUAUAGUCCUAUGUAAAUACUAAAUGGUAAUAAAUAUGAAUGUGUAUUUCCAA